AUGAGCGAUGCUCGGUAUUUCUCAAAAUGCAAGGCAAAUAUUAUAAAAAAAGAGCUCACAAUCCAUCAGGACAACUCCAAAAAAUCGCUUAAGGUCCAGAAAGAAUGUAUGAAGCUUAUCAUCGCCAACAUCACUAUGGGCAACAACGAAAUGAUGAUCUUGCAACCAUACGUUAUCAAUUUAAUGUCUCUGGAUGAUAUAGAAAUUAAGAAAAUGUGUUGCCAUUUCAUUUCCUCCUAUUAUUACUAUUGUCCAGAAAAAUAUUACGAAUCCAAACUGAUUUUCCAAACAGACCUCCGGCAUAAUUCCUCGGUGGUCAGGGCGUUGAUGAUCAAGACAAUAGCAUACAUACCUUUCCAGAAGUUCCAAGAAGAAGUGACUAUCCCUUUCCUUAAACGACUUCUUAGAGAUCCCGAUAGCUACGUGCGGAGGGCAACUUGCUUGGCCAUAGGGAAAGCAUAUGAGCUUAACCCAUCACUUGUGGAAUCAAGUGGGUUGAUUGAAAAAUUGAACAACUUAUUAUCAGACCCCAGCGCUGCGGUGAUCUCAUCAACCCUAGCUAUGCUCGAUUAUAUAGUAGAUACCACCGCGGCGAUGAAGCUACUUAUUGAUGAAUCCAAUGUCACGAAUUUGUUGAGAAUUCUCCCCCAUUCGAACGAAUUUUAUCAAGCUUAUAUCUUGAACUCGUUGACUUCCUAUAUUCCAAAGACAAGCCAGGAAUCUCUUGAUUUGAUUCAGAAAGUUCUCCCUUACCUACAGCACGGUAAUACCUCGGUGGUCAUGAACACUCUAAAGUUGAUUAUCUACUUGGCCAAUUACGUUAAAGGCCCACAAGAUUUACUUCCCUCAUUAUCCAAGCGUAUUGGAAAUUCUUUGACCUCGUUACUCUCCAAAUCUGACGAAAUCCGGUUCCUAGUACUACGAAAUGUUAUUUUACUAUUGCUUGCCACCCCUCACUUGUUGAAGCUUGAUGUCACCAUGUUUUUCUGUCAAUAUAAUGAUCCGCCGUAUAUAAAUGAUACAAAAUUGGAGAUCAUUUACUUACUCGCCAACCAAAGUAACUUUUCAAUAGUCCUUCAAGAGUUGAAACGGUGUGCUCAGGAUUCAGACUCGUUGAUGGCCAAGAAAUCUAUCAGAGCCAUUGGGAAUUUAUCUGUCAAAUUGGAAUCUGCGGUAGAACCUGCAACUGAGAUAUUGAUGGGUUUAUGUAAAGGCGGAAUCCCAGCAAUCGUUCAAGAAAUCGUGGGAGUGAUGAAAAAUAUCUACAGAAAGUAUUCUGCCAUGGCUACCGCGGAACAUAUGCAAGUCUUUGUCGACAAUAUGGAUGCUAUCGAGGAAUUGGACUCAAAAUCUUCGUUUCUUUGGCUAGUGGGAAAUUAUUCCUCGCUAUUUGCUGACCCAUUAGAUAUUCUCAAGGACUUCACUUUUAAAUUCCAAGAUGAGCCAUUAGAGGUACAACUUACCUUGUUAACCUCGGUGGUGAAAUAUUAUCUUAAACAUCCAAGUAGUGGAGAAGAAAUAUUAUUAAAACUAUUAAAUCUCAUAACUGAAAAAAUACCCGAUCCUGAUUUGCGAGAAAGAGCUUACUUUUAUUGGAAAUUAUUAUCGUCAAAAUCUACUUUUUCUCAAGCAGCCGACGAAAUCAUUUUAGCAGAAUCACCGCCGAUUGAUGCUGAUCAUGAUAAGCUUGACCCUGAAUUGCUUGAAGAAUUAGAAUUAGCAAUUGGCUCAUUGGCUUCGGUUUAUUUGAAACCUAUUAAACUGGUAUUUCGUCUUGCGAACCCUAGAAAGCUCCCUCAAUCGCCGGCGUUGCAACGUGAAUACAAUAACUUGAAUUCGGAUUCGAAGGCGAGCACCGAUUCAAGCUCUCCUAAGAUUCUUAGAAUCAACAUUAAGUCGAAUGUUGGGAUCAUCAAAUCACCCAAGCCAAACAAUUACUGUGAUGACUCGGUAAAUACUGGGAUCAACGAACUAUUGUAUUCGGGAGACAAAAAUGAAUCAGCAGAAGUUGACUAUAACCAAACUGCAGUUUUCCAAAGGCAGUCAUUCCUUAAAUCUCCGAAAAACUCAAAUAGAAAUUCAGUUCUUAUGAGUCCUAAUAGAAGCUCAAUGAUUUUUGGCAGUUCAGCCUCUGGUAACACCACUGGGGAAAGUUUUCCUGAUUAUGAUGCCAAUAAUAUGCCGCCUGGAGGGGAUAAUCAAUCGCUGAGCCAUAAAUUUGGACAGAUGUUGAAGAAAAAGGUUAGAAACUCGAUUUUGGUAUCACCAAGAGUUGUAAAUCGUAAUUUUACCGCUUAG